AGUAGCGAAGCCUGCCCUGCUCGCUGGCUGGGAUCUGCAUCCGGGUGGCGGCUUGCGGCUGUGUCCAUUGUCUGGGUUACCGGCCCGGACUCCGCCAGCGCGGGGCUCUGCGCUGAGGAGCCUGAGGGGUGGGAAGGGGACCGGCGCGUCUGCUGCCGCCGCCCGAGCCCGCCCUUCGCCUCCUUGUCCCGCCGCCGGCUUUAUGGAUCGCAGUUCGAAGAGGAGACAAGUGAAGCCUUUGGCAGCUUCACUGCUGGAAGCUUUAGAUUAUGAUAGCUCAGAUGACAGUGAUUUUAAGGUUGGAGAUGCCUCAGAUUCUGAAGGAAGUGGUCGUGGGAGUGAAGAUGCAUCAAAGGACAGUGGUGAAGGUUCCUGUAGUGAAUCAGAAGAAAAUGUCUUGGAGGAAGAAUUGGCAGAAGUGAAAGUAGAGGAAGAACAGCAACCGAAAACUUCUGCUGGAGAAACGAUGCUUACAACAGAGAAAGAGGUGAUUAAGACUGAAAAAAAAGAACAGGAGGAAGAAGAUGAGAAGCCAAAAAAGAAAAAAGAAAAGGAGAAAGAAAAAGCAACUGAAUUUGAUGCUGCUGCUGAUGAGCAAACAAAUGAACCAAAAAAGUGGAAUUUGCGUAGGAACCGACCUCUGCUGGAUUUUGUAUCGAUGGAAGAACUAAAUGAAAUGGAUGAUUAUGACAGCGAGGAUGACAACGACUGGCGACCUACUGCUGGGAAGAAGAAGGGAAAAACUGCAUUGCGGAAAGAGGGAAGUGAUGGAGAUAAUGAGGAGGAUGAAGACGAUGGAAGCGGUAGCGAUGAGGAUGACAAUGAUGAGGAAGGCAAUGAGGAUAACAGCAGCACUGCUAGUGAUGGUGGAUCCAAGAAAAAGAAAAAUAAAGUUCUUAGCAGGAAUAGUGCUGAUGAUGAGGAGCUGACAAAUGAUAGCCUGGCUCUUUCACAAAGCAAGAGUAAUGAGGACUCUCUGAUCCUUGAAAAGUCUCAAAACUGGACCUCCCAGAAAAUGGACCAUAUUCUGAUUUGCUGUGUUUGUCUUGGGGAUAACAGUGAAGAUGCUGAUGAAAUAAUCCAGUGUGACAAUUGUGGAAUAACAGUGCAUGAAGGUUGCUAUGGUGUUGACGGAGAGAGUGAUUCUAUUAUGAGCUCAGCUUCAGAAAACUCCACUGAACCUUGGUUUUGUGAUGCAUGCAAAUGUGGGGUAUCUCCUAGCUGUGAACUAUGUCCCAAUCAAGAUGGAAUCUUCAAGGAGACAGAUGCUGGCAGGUGGGUCCACAUUGUUUGUGCCCUCUAUGUUCCAGGAGUGGCAUUUGGAGAUAUUGACAAGCUGCGGCCAGUAACGCUUACCGAAAUGAACUAUUCUAAGUAUGGUGCCAAGGAAUGCAGUUUUUGUGAAGACCCUCGUUUUGCCAGAACUGGUGUUUGCAUUAGUUGUGAUGCUGGCAUGUGUAGAGCUUAUUUCCAUGUGACCUGUGCUCAGAAAGAAGGCCUGUUGUCAGAAGCAGCAGCUGAAGAGGACAUAGCAGAUCCUUUUUUUGCUUAUUGUAAACAGCAUGCGGACCGGUUAGACAGAAAAUGGAAACGGAAGAACUACUUGGCUUUACAGUCUUAUUGUAAAAUGUCCCUGCAGGAAAGAGAGAAACAGCUCUCGCCAGAAGCGCAGGCCCGAAUCAAUGCCAGACUGCAGCAGUAUCGUGCCAAGGCAGAAUUAGCUCGUACCACCAGGCCUCAGGCAUGGGUUCCCAGGGAGAAGCUGCCACGACCACUCACUAGCAGUGCUUCAGCCAUACGUAAGCUGAUGCGCAAAGCUGAAUUAAUGGGAAUUAGUACAGACAUCUUCCCAGUGGACACUUCAGAUACCAGUUCCAGUGUGGAUGGAAGGAGAAAACAUAAGCAACCGGCUCUGACUGCUGAUUUUGUGAAUUAUUAUCUUGAGAGAAACAUGCGCAUGAUUCAGAUCCAAGAAAAUAUGGCUGAACAGAAGAAUAUUAAGGAUAAACUAGAAAAUGAGCAAGAAAAACUUCAUGUGGAAUAUAACAAGAAAUUGAACAUACCAGCAAUUUUACGAGCACCCAAGGAGAGGAAACCAAGUAAAAAGGAAGGAGGAACACAAAAGACGUCUACGCUUCCAGCAGUACUCUAUAGUUGUGGAAUUUGUAAGAAGAACCAUGAUCAACACCUGCUCUUACUGUGUGAUACCUGUAAACUACAUUAUCAUCUCGGCUGUCUGGACCCUCCUCUUACAAGAAUGCCAAGGAAGACUAAAAACAGUUAUUGGCAGUGUUCAGAGUGUGACCAGGCAGGCAGCAGUGACAUGGAAGCAGAUAUUGCCAUGGAAACCUUACCAGAUGGGACCAAGAGAUCAAGGAGGCAGAUUAAAGAACCGGUGAAAUUUGUUCCACAGGAUGUGCCACCAGAACCAAAGAAGAUUCCAAUCAGAAACACGAGAACUAGAGGACGAAAACGAAGCUUUGUGCCUGAAGAAGAAAAGCCUGAGGAACGUAUUCCUAGAGAAAGACGGCAAAGGCAGUCUGUUCUACAAAAGAAACCCAAGUCAGAGGAUUUAAGAACUGAAUGUGCUACAUGCAAGGGGACUGGAGACAAUGAAAAUCUAGUCAGGUGUGAUGAAUGCAGGCUCUGCUACCAUUUUGGUUGCCUGGAACCUCCUUUGAAAAAAUCUCCAAAACAGACAGGCUAUGGAUGGAUUUGUCAAGAGUGUGAUUCUACUUCCUCUAAAGACUCCGAACCGUCAAAUGAAGUGGUCUCAGAGGCCCCAGGUAAUGUGGUACCCUCUACCUCAAGAAGCAGCUCUGAAGAGCUGGUAGCGGUGGCACAGAAACAUCCAGAAGAGGAAGAUGAAAAUGAAGCUAAGGAAGAAAAUCCAUCCCAAGACCUGAACAUGGAACAGAAAAAUUCAAAAAAAUAGAGGAUUGCUGUCAUGUUUGAAAUAUUUGCAAGUUGUGUAACAGCAGUUAAAGUUUCUCAUUGUAAAAUUUACAGAACAUUCUCAAUAAAGUCAUUGAAAAUUAAAA